GGACACCAGGACUCCAAGAUGGCGUCAGUCGUACCACUGAAGGAGAAGAGACUGAUGGAUGUCAAAGUGGGGGAGCUGCCAAGCUGGCUCCUGAUGCGGGAUUUCACCCCUAAAGGCAUCGCUGGAGCAUUUCAGAGAGGUUACCACCGGUAUUACAACAAGUACAUCAACGUGAAGAAGGGGAGCAUCGCAGGGGUGAACAUGGUACUGGCAGCUUACGUGCUUUUCAGCUACUGCCUUUCUUACAAGGAGCUCAAACAUGAGCUUCGACGCAAGUACCACUGAGAGGCCGAUGUGGAGGGCACACCCUGCAUUCCUGACCUCGACCUUCCUGGCCCUGCUC